CUCUCUCUCUCUCUCUCUCUCUCACUUAUCCCCACUACGUAAUAAUUUUGGCUCUUCAUCAAUUUUAUUUUAGCUGUGUCCACUUUGCAAAUUUUUUUUUGGCCUUGUUUAAGUCCGUCUCUUUCUCUCUCUUCUUUAUCUGUGAGCCGGGGGGGGAGGAAGAUUGAAAAAUCGAAAUUGAAAGUAAGAAAUUACUACUAUUUAUCAGCCCUGCACAUCUUCAUUUUCUCGGUUCUGAAUUGCAGAUGUGUCUCUUCUUGUUUCAGUUCUUUCUUCAGGGGAUAAAUUAAAGAGAGGAAAGAAAAAAAAAAAGGAAAAAAAAAUUCAAUAAACGAGGAUUCAGAAACAGCCACAACCAACCCACCAAAACCAAAAACAAGAAAAUAGCUUUUUACCAGUAGUACUAUAUAUAUUGACACCCAAGAGUUCUGUGUCUCGGUUAUAGUUCCUCUCUUGUACGGCACUAUCAAGGAAGUGAAGGAAGGGGAAAGUAGAAAGGGGAUUGAUUGAACUCUCGAGUGUGUUCAUUUUGUUUUUUUUUUCUGGGUUGGACGGCCUGAUAAGUUAUGAGUGGUCAAAGGGUCAUAUUUUUGAAGAUCAGCUCGGAAAUUUAAGGGGUUUUGUAUUAAUAAAGUGUGAAUCUUUGAAGUGAACCAUGAUGGCUGGUAGUAAUGAAAUCAACGCCAGUGAAUCCAAGAGGGUUGUUCCUCUCAAUACUUGGAUACUCAUCUCCAACUUCAAGUUGGCUUACAACAUGCUUCGCCGCCCCGAUGGAACUUUCAACCGGGAAUUAGCUGAAUUUCUUGACAGAAAAGUCCCUGCAAACACAAUCCCUGUUGAUGGGGUUUAUUCCUUUGAUGUUGUUGACCGUGUAACAAACCUCCUUAAUCGUGUGUACCGGCCUGCCCCUGAAAAUGAGGAUCAAUAUGGAAAAAUAGAGCUUGAGAAGCCAUUAAGCACCACUGAAGUUGUCCCAGUUAUUGUCUUCUUCCAUGGAGGAAGUUUUGCACAUUCAUCAGCAAACAGUGCUAUUUAUGACACCCUUUGUCGUCGUUUAGUCAGCAUUUGCAAAGCAGUAGUUGUGUCUGUGAAUUACCGGAGGUCACCUGAGUAUCGUUACCCUUGUGCUUAUGAAGAUGGAUGGGCUGCUUUGAAAUGGGUUCAUUCAAGACCUUGGUUACAGAGUGGGAGAAGCGAGAAGGACUUGAAAGUUCAUGCUUUCUUAGCUGGUGAUAGUUCAGGAGGAAACAUAAUUCACCAUGUUGCUGUUAGGGCUGCCGAAUCAGGAGUCGAGGUAUUAGGCAAUAUCCUGCUUCAGCCGUUGUUUGGUGGAGAAGAAAGAACAGAAUCAGAAAAGAGGUUAGAUGGGAAAUACUUUGUGAAAGUCCAGGAUAGGGAUUGGUACUGGAGGGCGUUUUUGCCUGAAGGUGAAGACAGAGAUCAUCCAGCUUGUAACAUAUUUGGUCCUAGGGGUAAAAGCAUUGAAGAUUUAAAGGACUUCCCGAAGAGUCUUGUUGUUGUGCCUGGUUUGGAUCUUGUUCAGGAUUGGCAAUUGGCUUAUGUUGAAGGGCUGAAAAAGAAUGGAAAAGAGGUGAAACUUCUACAUCUCAAGGAUGCCACGAUCGGGUUCUUCUUCUUGCCGAACAAUGAUUAUUUCUACUUGCUUAUGGAGGAAAUCACAAGCUUUAUCCACAAGAACGACUCCUAACUGUUAAUAUAGAUUAUUAUAAUUAACUUUGAUUUACCACUUGGCAGCAAAUACAUAACAUAAAAGUUUGACAAUGCAACGCGGGUUCUUUUUAUAUUUCGCCCCUACUUUUGGCAGUGAUGGUGAUUAUGGUGUGUAGUUUUUAUGAUGAUUGUGUAGAGUUACUACUUACCCUUAUUAUUAUCUUCAACUUUUCUUAUCUAUCUUACAAGAAGAAUGGUGGAUGUGAAUUGGGGAUUCUGUUGUGUCCCCUUUGCCUGAGGAAUGAUCCAUUGCCCUUUUGUGUUUUCAACGGGGUGUCAUUGUGCCUGAUCAAUUGCUCUAAUGUUGAAGAAAGAUUGUAACUAGAUGUAUGCCAGCUUAGCCAUGUCCGCCAUUGAAAAUCUCUGACCAGGAAGGAGCAGAGUGUAGUAUACUAAGUAGUAGCACUUGGAGGCAUUUGGCCCUAACUCAUUUGGGUGUGGCUUCGGUGUUUGGCAAAAUGGAAAUGCCAGAAGUCUAGUUUCAGGACGUGAAUUGGAAAUCAUGGAGCUGUAAAACCCUUGUAUGUUAUUAUUAUACUGUUGGCGUAGAGAUAUAUAAAGAUUUUUGUUUGUUUCGUUUUCUUAGUGUAUAUGCAGCUCUGUUUUGAGUAAUUCUAUCCCACUGCUUAAUGUUCUAUUAGAACUGGAUGGUUGGCUACUUUUGGCUCCAAAAUUGCUACUGGACAAGGCUCCAGUGAAGUUUGUUCUUUUCUCAGUACUUUGCUCUUCUUGGUAUUAGCCAUUUCCAUGGAUCAAAUGUUUGUUUUUUUUUUACCAUCUCUGAUUGGAGAGUUCAAGGAUGUUCAUGUAUCACUUUGUUAGGGGAAGUCGAUCAUGAUGGAUUCUAGUACAGAUUUGAUUGUUUUGCCCGAGACGAUGGAAGGAUAUUUCGUCCUCCUUUUCUGAUUGCUUGCUCCUUUAAUGGCAGAUGACACAUUCGG